AAAACGUGCUGCUGUUCCUUUGCAGGAGGUGAAGCUCUGAAUUCUUCCAGAACAUGGAGCAGGUCGUGGCUGACCUCCCCAGCGGUCCGCUCGACGCUUACAGGAACAAAGCCUCCUUCAGUUGGAAGGAGAUGCUCCACUUCAUUGAUGGAGAGGAAAUAUUACAGUUCAAACAUCACGUUUUCAAGAGUUUGGAAAAUGAUCCCGUGUUUGCCCGUCAGCCUGGAGAGGACAUUUCUGUUGAGAAAAAGAGAGAACUUAAUUUCCUCAGGGUAAAGCAGCUCUUUCGCUACAACUUCCUGACUAAUGAAGAUAUGAUGGCAAACCCGUGGAAGGUUGUCAUUUUGGACGACUGUCUGGGCAUGUAUGACUGGGCUCUGGUCGCAAAGUAUGGCCUUAACAAAGGGAUGUUUGCAGGAAUCAUCGUCAGUACAGGGUCAGGUAGACAUAGUAAAUAUGUAAAGGACAUUGAAGACAUGGAGACGUUUGGGUGCUUUGCACUGACUGAGCUGAGCCAUGGUAGCAACACUCGAGCCAUGAGAACCACAGCCACAUAUGACCCUUCUUCCCAGGAGUUUGUCAUCAAUUCUCCAGACUUUGAGGCUGCAAAGUUCUGGGUUGGAAACAUGGGAAAGACGGCCACUCACGCUGUCGUAUUUGCUCAGCUCUACACACCUGACCAGGUGUGCCAUGGCCUGCACUCUUUUAUUGUUCCGAUAAGAGACCCCAAAACCCUUCUGGCUCUACCUGGUGUUCUAGUUGGGGACAUGGGAAAAAAAUUAGGCCAGAAUGGACUGGAUAAUGGGUUUGCAAUGUUUCACAAUGUGAGAAUUCCCAGGGAAAACCUCCUAAACCGGACAGGCGAUGUUACCCCUGAUGGACAAUAUGUGACACCAUUCAAGGACCCUAACAAGCGUUUUGGGGCGUCUUUGGGGGCCCUUUCCGGAGGUCGGAUUUACAUCACCAGAAUGGCUCACAUCAACUUGAAGCUUGCUGUCACUGUCGCUAUUCGAUUCUCCGCCACACGAAAACAGUUUGGACCAAGUAACACAGAGGAGAUUCCAGUUCUGGAAUACCAGUUACAGCAGUGGCGUCUGAUCCCAUAUGUGGCAGCAGCAUAUGUCCUGGAACACUUCACUAAAACCAUCUUCAUGAACUUUGUUGAGUUCCAGUUUGGACAGCUGAUGAAAGACAACAGUGACAGACAAGCAGAGAUGGGAAGGGAGAUCCAUGCCAUCGGGUGCUCUAGUAAACCACUGGGUUCAUGGACGGCUCAGAGGGGCAUCCAGGAGUGCAGAGAGGCCUGUGGUGGCCAUGGAUACCUUGCCAUGAACCGACUGGGUGACCUGCGUGAUGAUAAUGAUCCAAACUGCACAUAUGAAGGAGACAACAACGUAUUGCUCCAGCAGACCAGCAACUACCUUCUGAGCUUGUUCCAUGCCAAACUACAUAAUGGCGUUCCCAUUCAGUCUCCCUUUCACACUGUGGACUUUUUGGAUAAUUAUUUAAAACAUCGGGAAAGCAAGUUUACAGCAACAACAGUAGAAGCCUGUAUGGAGCCUCAGGUGUCUUUAGCUGCCUACAUGUGGCUCAUCAGUUUUCUGCUUGUGGAGAGUCAGAAGAGGUUGGAACAGCAGAGUGCCUUAGGCAGCGAUGAGUUUGAGACCCGUAACAACAGCCAGGUUUACUACUGCAGGUCCUUGGCUAUCACCUACAUUGAACACUGCUGCCUGCAGAGGUUUUACAGCCUGACCACUGAUCAGGACACGCCCUCUGACCUCAAACCAGUCCUAAGAAAACUGUGUGCCCUGUAUGGACUGUGGAGUCUCAGCAACCACAUGGCAACACUGUUCCAGGGUGAUUAUAUGACUGGAAGGAAACCAGCAGAGUUGGUCCAGCUGACCAUCCUCAGACUCUGCGCAGAGCUGAAGAAUGAAGCGGUGGCUCUAGUGGAUGUUUUAGCUCCCACAGAUUUCAUCCUCAACUCCCCUAUUGCCAACGCUGAUGGAGAGCUGUAUAAGAACCUGUGGUCCACAGUGAUGCAAGGCAGUCAGGUGCUGGAGCGUCCCUCCUGGUGGAAAGAGUUCUGCUCCAAUAAACCGACGGUCGGAUCCCUUCAUUCCAAACUUUAGAGGCUAAACAACAAUAUGGAAGAGACGACAGAUCCACUCUUAGCACGAAAAUAAACUUAAGACGAGACGGAAUGUUUCUCUGGGGCAUUAAAAGUUAUUAAAUUGAUUUGGUUGAAUUUAAGGCCUUACAAGGCAUUGAAUCUGAAUCACAGUGGCAUUAAAAUGUUUUUAUUAGUUUUGUUCAGCCAGA